AUGGAAAGUGCAAAACCACAGCAAAACAAAGCUGUUGGCAUGGGGAUGUAUAAACAGACUCAGGGCCAUACAAGGGAAUGCUCUAGAGAAAGAAAUGGAGUGAGUAACGUAGCUGAGGGACCGGCUCGGGUCAGAGACGCAGGGCUGCUGCUAAUUCCUGGGUUAUACCACAGAACUCUGAUUUCCUGGGCUAACAGUGCAUCAAGAGUGGUUGAAAAACUGAAGAUGUGUGAAGGGUUUGCUGGUUUUUGUUCGGAUCAGCUUACUUAUGCCUCGUGUUACUAUGUAAAGGCCAAGGGCAAGUUUGAGUCCUGUUGCACGGAGGACUACGCGUACCUCUACAAGGACUCCUCUCACCCCGCCGAUUUCCUGGAGGCGUUCCGGGCGUUUUACCUGGACGGGCUGUUCACCGACAUCACCCUGCAGUGCGCUUCGGGGGUCAUCUUCCACUGCCACAGAGCCGCCUUAGCGGCUUGCAGCAAUUAUUUUAAAGCCAUGUUCACAGCCGAUAUGAAAGAGAAAUCUAAAAACCAGAUCAGACUUCCCGGGCUCAGCCAUGCCGUACUGGAAGCCCUCGUGAAUUAUGCAUACACAUCACAGAUCCAGAUAACAAAGAGAAAUGUCCAAAGCCUACUCCAGGCUGCAGACCUCCUCCAGUUCGUGUCAGUAAAGAAAGCCUGCGAGCAGUUUCUGGUGAGGCACUUAGAUACUGACAACUGCAUAGGGAUGCACUCCUUUGCCGAAUAUCAUGAUUGCUCGGAGCUAGAAAAAGAGUCCAGGAGGAUAUUGUUAUGGCAGUUUGAAGAAGUGUGGAAGCAGGAAGAGUUUCUGGACGUUGGCAAGGAGAAGCUCUCUUACAUCCUCUCCAGAGAGAAUCUCAAUGUUUGGAAGGAAGAGGUGGCCAUUGAAGCUGUCAUUAAGUGGGUUGCACACAAUGUGGAAGAAAGAAUUGAAGACGUCUAUGAACUGCUGAGCUACAUCAAAAUAGACUUAGAUAACAUGUAUUUGAGGUCAGCUUUAAGCCUACAAAAAAAAUGCCGACUUAAUGACAAUAAGAUAAGGUCACUCAUAUACAAUGCCCUGAACCUCAAUCCCAAGGGUCUUUCCAGAAGACCCACAGCAGCCAUGUAUGUGAUCGGAGGAUAUUAUUGGCAUCCCUUAUCAGAAGUGCAUGUUUGGGAUCCUUUAACCAACGCAUGGGUCCAGGGAACAGAGAUGCCGGAUCACACCAGAGAGAGCUAUGGUGUCACUAGCUUGGGACCAGACAUAUAUGUGACAGGAGGUUAUAGAACAGAGAGCAUCGAAGCCCUUGACACCGUGUGGAUAUAUAACAGUGAGAGAGAUGAAUGGACAGAAGGCUGCCCCAUGCUUGACGCAAGGUAUUACCACUGCGCAGUUUCCUUGAGUGGCUGCAUCUAUGUGUUGGGUGGUUACCGAAAGGGAGCUCCGGUGCAAGAAGCUGAGUUCUAUGAUCCUUUAAAAAAGAAAUGGCUUCCUAUUGCAAACAUGAUCAAAGGUGUUGGAAAUGCCACCGCCUGUGUCCUGCAUGAAGUCAUCUACGUAACUGGAGGUCACUAUGGGUACAGGGGAAGCUGCACCUAUGAUAAAAUCCAGAGAUACCAUUCAGGUAGCAAUGAGUGGAGUAUAGUCACCACAAGUCCGCAUCCAGAAUACGGAUUGUGUUCAAUUACGUUACAAAACAAGAUCUAUUUUGUGGGUGGACAGACCACGAUCACGGACUGCUAUGACCCAGAGCAAAAUGAGUGGAAGCAGAUGGCUCACAUGAUGGAGAGAAGGAUGGAGUGUGGCGCGGUGGUUAUGAACGGAUGCAUCUAUGUAACAGGAGGAUAUUCCUAUUCAAAAGGAACGUAUCUGCAGAGUAUUGAGAAAUACAACCCUGAACUGAAUAAAUGGGAAGCAGUAGGCAAUCUUCCCAGCGCUAUGCGGUCACAUGGCUGUGUCUGUGUGUAUAACGUGUAAACAUUUAAUUUUCAUAUUGCUGCUACAGAAAACAGCAGAUGCAGUAUUCAUAAUAGUACUGAUUACCUCAUGAAUGAGAUGUGUAAUACAAUCUCUUAGCGCAUAUCAUUAAAAACUAGGUAUAAUUUGUCUUUAUUUUAAACAAUUCAGAAAUAUAAAUGUGGUGACAAGAUUUCCAUAUAUUUUUCAGUCCAAUCAUUCUUUGUCAUGAAAGUUUUCAAAUUACUCUCUUAUAAUACUUUGUGCAGCUAUAUAGAAACUACUGUGAAAAACAGAUUUGUUUUCAUUAAUCACUGGAUGGAACUAUAAUCUGGUGCUAAGGUGAGUAAAGCCAAACAAAAUACUCUGCAUUUCUAUGCUGGGCUUAAGAUGAAAUGUUUGAUAGUCCAAAGGUAGCUAUAGAAAUGGUUCAUUGCAACAAGCUAAGCAUGUGGUACAUAUAGAGCAGUAUCACUUGGAUAACUAGGUUAUCACAUCCAGAAAUCAUGGGCAGUUAUAGGAUGCCUCUAAUUCUAUCUUCAAAUGCCAGAGGGGAAAAGAGCACAGGCUGGAAAUGAAGGAAGAAAUGUCACGCAGUAGCCCCAGAGCACAAGCCGAAAGUGUGCACUAGUUUUCCAGAAGGAGAACAGUGCUCUGCAGUACGAGGCAGUUUGAGAAAAGUGCUCACUUUGUCAUUCUCACACUGGCAGGGCCCUUGAAAAAUAAAAAAAGACUCUGCAUGGCUUUGCAAUGGGCUCUUUGGCUGAUGCACAGGUAUUGGUGAUUUUAUUUUUUUUCCCGGGGAGAAGCCUUACCAUGGUAACUAUUUUUUUAAAAUCAAAUUUAAGAUGUGUGUCUUUGUGGAAUGGAAGGAAGAAAUGAGAGAGACUGGAAAGUUGCUAACAUCCCUGCGAGAUACAAACUUCUCUAUUUUAAUACCUUUCAGUCUUUAGAGUGCUAAACUGUGACUUGAGCAAAGGUGAUAACUGAAGAAACUUGUCAAAAUAUGUUACGCAUGGAGAAAUUGAAUGCUAAGUGGUCUGCUGGAUUUAUUUACUAUUUCUCUCAAAAUGUAAUACGAGAUCUUCAAAUUCUGUCUGGAAAGCAACUUGAGAUGGGCAGGAAGGUCACUGUUUUGUCACCUCUUCACUGGGAGACUCCCGCGGCAAGCUCCCAGCGCAGCAUAGCAGUGCCAGUGCCAGCAGAAUCCAUAGGUAGUAUUUAAAUAGCUGGUGUUUUGACCCUGCUAUCCCCAGCCUUCUCACCAGUCCUUGUUUUGCAUCCUGCCGUGUAGGUAGUAAUACAAACCUGUUUGACUGAAUCGUCACCGCAGUGACUUCUUAGGAUUUCUUUUCACCUCAUGGCUUGUAUAGAUGCUGUAAUGUGCGGCUUUUUAUUAGCCCGGUUCCCUGAGGGAGCAAGGUGCAACUGUAUUGUCUUUCUGUGUGUGUGUCUGUCCGCUCCCCUCUAACGCUGGACUCACUUGUCUGGGGUCAGCCAUGUUCUACAGGGAGGUAUAGGCCUUAAAAAUACACUUUUUUUUUUUCAGGUUUUAUGAAAAUUAGGAACAGGAUAGAGGAGGGAGAGAGAGACUGUAAGGAAGCACAUGAGUUGUAU